AUGAAGUUCACAACAAUCAUCGCGCCCCUCCUGGCGCUUGUGCCCGUCUGCACGGCCAACUUCGACAUCUACAUGAACAAUGCUUGGACCGUCCAGGGCGGAUCGACAGGCUGGACCAUUUUCGAGGCCGAUCCUCCCUGUGGUCAGGUCAACAAUGCCAUCAUCUACGGCAACUACGGCGACGUGAGCGGAUCAUAUAUCGGUGUCCGCUGCGUUGGGGACUGCUUCCCUUCUAACAGGCCCGACGGGAUCCAAGUCCUGGAAAUGCACUUCAACAACAACCCCCUUUACCACUGGACGAUCUACAAGGACCGCGGUUACAAGAUGUACGGCCUGGAUGGCAAGGUUUAUGGCGAAUGCAUCCUGUUCCCCGGCCACAACUACCGCUGCGACGCUUUCGGCAUCACCGAGGGUUACCGAAAGUUCAGAUGCCUGACGCAGUUCACUGCCCGCCAGAUCACCGGCAGGAACUAG